GAUGCAUGAUAACUGAGGCAGUUCUCAUCUCCGAGAUCUCCUUUCCUUCAAAAGGGGUCUGAAAAUGGAGAGUCUUAUCGGGAUUUUAUUCGUUUCGAUCGCGAUAUUUUCCGUUAUACAUCUUGUUCAUGCUCAGAAUCAACAAGGUUUCAUCACUUUGGACUGUGGGUUGCCUCCUGGUCAGUCUCCUUACGUUGAAUCAGUAACCGGACUGACAUUCACGUCAGACACCGAGUUCGUGGAGAGCGGAAAGAGCGGAAGAGUUCAGAAAGAAUUCGAGGAAGAAUUCAGGAAGCAGUAUCUGAGUCUCAGAUACUUUCCGGAUGGAGAACGCAACUGCUAUAAUCUGAACGUCACACAGAACACAAACUAUAUGAUAAGGGCUUUCUUCCUAUACGGAAAUUACGAUGGUCGGAAUACUUACCCGGAAUUCGAUCUACACAUCGGCCCUAACAUGUGGGACACUAUAGAUAUGACCAAGGCAAGAAAUGGAACAGGCAGAGAGAUCAUUCACAUUGCAAGGUCGAGCAUCUUGCAGGUAUGUCUUGUUAAGACAGGAACAACCGUGCCGAUAAUAUCCGUCUUAGAGCUACGCCCGAUGAGAAAUGAUACUUACAUUGCUCAAAGUGGCUCCCUCAAGCUUUCUUUCCGGGAAUAUUACAGCGAUUCCGUUCGCUCGAUUCGAUACCCGGAUGACGUCUAUGAUCGUAGAUGGUUCCCGUACUUCCAGGACGACUGGACGCAGAUAAACACCGAUGUCCAUGUGGUUACGACAAUUGCAGACGUUCCACAAGGCGUUGUCGCGACAGCGGCCACACCUACAAAUGCCAGUCAGCCGUUGAACCUUACGUGGAAUUCGGAUAGUCCUACCGAUCAAUUGUACUUGUACGUCCACUUUGCAGAGAUUCAAACCUUACGAGCCAAUGACACGAGAGAAUUAAAUAUCACGUGGAAAGGAGAUGUAAUUUAUGGACCUUUUAGUCCUCCGAUUCUCAAAGCGACCACUAUAUACACUCCGUAUCCUAAGAAAUGCGACGAAGGAGUAUGCAGCCUCAUGCUUGUAAAGACCUCAAGAUCAACUCUCCCGCCUCUAAUUAACGCCAUGGAAGUUUUCCUUACAUUGGAGCUUCCACUGUUAGAUACUAAUCGAGAUGAUGUUGCUGCUGUGAGGAGGAUCAAAGCUAUUUACGAGUUGAAAAGAAUAAGUUGGCAAGGAGAUCCAUGUGUCCCUAAAGAUUUCUCAUGGGAUGGCGUAGAUUGCAGCGAGACAGAUAAACUUACCGCACCAAGAAUCGUUUCUUUAAAUUUAUCUUCGAGUGGAUUAACCGGGGUCAUACCGCUCGUCUUACAGAGCCUAACUCAGCUACAAGCACUAGACUUGUCAAAUAACAACCUGAGUGGAGGAGUGCCGGGAUUUCUAGCCAACAUGAAAUCGUUGUCGGUCAUAAACUUGAGUGGGAAUAAUCUUAGUGGCUCAGUUCCUCAAGCUCUUCUGGAUAGACGGAGCCAAGGAGUACUAGAACUAUUACUUAAAGGAAACCCAAAGCUUCUUUGUCAGUCUGUUCCAUGUGAUGAUCCAAAUCCGGACAAUGGUGUACAUCACAAAAAGAGUGUCAUGGUACCGAUUAUCGCAUCAGUUGCUUCCGCUUUCGGCCUCAUCAUGGUUGCAUUGGUUCUCGUCUUCGUUUUCAGAAGGAAAAAGCUAGCAAGUGCCGACGUUGGGGUUCCAUCAACAAGUAUGCCACCGUUGGAUGGAAGAUCGCCUCAAUCGUCCCAACCAUCGAUCGUAACGAAAAAUAGAAAGUUUGUUUAUUCAGAGGUUCAAGCCAUGACAAACAACUUCGAAAGAGUUCUAGGGAAAGGAGGGUUCGGAGUCGUAUACCACGGUUAUGUGAAUGAUACUGAACAAGUGGUCGUUAAAAUGCUCUCACAGUCAUCUGCUCAAGGGUAUAAGCAAUUCAAGGCCGAGGUCGAGCUUCUUCUAAGAGUUCAUCAUAAGAAUCUUGUUAGUCUGGUUGGAUAUUGCGAUGAAGGAGAGAACUUGGCUCUCAUAUACGAGUACAUGGCCAACGGAGACUUGAAAGAACAUCUAUCAGGAAAGCGUGGAGGUUCUGUCUUGAGCUGGGGAACUAGGUUAAAAAUCGUUGCAGAAGCCGCCCAAGGAUUGGAGUACUUGCAUAACGGUUGCAAACCACCAAUGGUUCAUAGAGAUGUCAAAACUACGAAUAUAUUGCUCAACGAGCAUUUACAAGCGAAACUCGCCGAUUUCGGACUCUCCAGAUCUUUUCCGACCGAAGGUGAAACUCAUGUUUCAACCGUGGUUGCUGGAACUCCCGGAUACCUCGAUCCCGAAUAUUAUCGUACCAACUGGUUGACAGAGAAGAGCGAUGUGUAUAGUUUCGGUAUUGUGUUGUUGGAAAUCAUCACGAACCGACCUGUCGUUGAGCAGAACCGUGAAAGGCCACACAUAACUGAAUGGGUGGGACUAAUGCUUACAAGGGGAGACAUCGAUAACAUUACGGAUCCAAAACUGUAUGGAGAUUACGACAGGAACUCGGUGUGGAAAGUGGUUGAACUGGGAAUGUCGUGUGUCAAUCCAUCCUCGUCGAGAAGGCCGAACAUGUCUCAAGUCGUGAUCGAACUGAACGAGUGUUUGGUGUAUGAUCAGAACUCGCGGACGGGGACGAGCCGAGACAUGGACUCGAAGAGUUCCGUCGGAGUGAGCAUGACUUACGGUACUGAAGUGUUCCCCAAGGCUCGGUAGCCGUCUCGUCUACGUGAAGAAUAUCUCCUUUUUUGUCACGUGUCAAAUUUCAUUUUGGCCUGAUUCAUGUAAUGUGAAACUUAUGUCUGAAAAAUAUCUGGGUGUUAAUAAGGGUCUCGACUGCGUAAUGGCUCAAGGUUUUUGUUUAGUUACUUAUUAGGGUUCCAUGGUGAAAUCUAAAUUAGGUACUGCAAAUUUUUUUUCGAA